AUGAACGACGAGGCACUUAGAGCCGAGCUGGACCUCGUCGACGAGAUCCGCUCCGAAGCAGCCCUUAGAGAAAUAUCUCUCAAACAAAAAAUAGUCUUGCGCCACGACGCGAAGGUCAUAAAAAGAGAGUUCCAGGUGGGCAGCCUGGUCCUCAAAAGAAACCAAAAUAACCCAAGAAAGGGUAAAAUGGCUGCCAACUGGGAAGGCCCCUACCGCGUCCGCGACAAGACGAGCAACAGGGCAUACUAUCUAGAAAACCUACAAGGCGAAGAACUCGCUCGACCAUGGAACGCAAAGAAACUUAGACAAUAUUACAGCUGA